AUGAAUGAAAUUGAAAUAGCUGCUACAUUACAUGUACAAUACCCGGCUCUGCAGUGUUGCAUCCUAUCAUACUAUAUCAAAAUGGCCACAGCGGUACAGAACCCCCUCAAAUCGCAAUCUGGAGGUGCAGUCAUCAAGAACAGUCUUGGUGAGGAGUUCUACAAGGAGGCCAUUGAACACUGUCGCAGCUACAAUGCCCGUCUGUGUGCCGAGCGCUCCAUGCGUCUCCCCUUCCUGGACUCCCAGACCGGCGUAGCCCAGAGCAACUGCUACAUCUGGAUGGAGAAGAACCACCGUGGACCAGGUCAUGCUCCAGGUCAGUUGUACACAUAUCCCGCUCGCUGCUGGCGCAAGAAAAGACGGCUAAACAUCCUGGAGGACCCACGGCUUGUACCGAUCGAGUUCAAGAUCGACUACGAAGCUUCUCUAAAGAAGGAGGGGGGCAUCCCAGACGGUCCUGUGCUGGAGUCGCUGCUCGCCGGGGAAACCCUGGACAAGAAGGUAGAAACCAAGGAAGAAGAGCCAAUGAGCGAGUGUCAGAAGCUGCUGGUCGGGGAUUUCCCUCAUGAGCUGGAAGUGGACGAGAUGGAGGAGGACGUCCCGAAGCGCAAGAACCGUACCAAAGCACGGGCCUACGGUGUCGGGGGCAUGAGGAAGAGACAAGAGCCGCCUGCCAUCGAAGACAGAGACAAGCCUUACGUCUGUGACAUCUGUGGAAAGCGCUAUAAGAACCGCCCAGGGCUGAGUUACCAUUACACUCACACACACCUGGCAGAUGAGGAGGGGGAAGAAGACUCUGAGCGACACACACUACCCUUCCAGCGCAAGAACAACCACAAGCCCAAGAAAGCACCAGACGGCUCAGUGAUCGCCAACGGCUACUGCGACUUCUGCCUCGGAGGCUCAAAGAAGACCGGCUGUCCUGAAGACCUUAUCUCCUGUGCGGACUGUGGACGCUCAGGCCACCCGUCCUGUCUGCAGUUCACAGUGAACAUGACGGCAGCGGUGAGGACUUAUCGCUGGCAGUGCAUCGAGUGCAAGUCCUGCAGUCUGUGUGGCACCUCUGAGAACGACGACCAGCUGUUGUUCUGUGAUGACUGUGACAGAGGCUACCACAUGUACUGCCUGAGCCCUCCCAUGUCUGAACCACCCGAGGGGAGCUGGAGCUGUCAUCUGUGUCUGAGACAGCUGAAGGAGAAGGCCUCAGCCUACAUCACCCUCACUUAA